AUGGAUAGUAUAAACUCUAAUGACAUUCAUUUCUAUCAACCUCACAGUCAAGCUUUUAUCCCCUCUUGUGCCCAAUUUCUCAACAACUAUAACAACGGCUUCACAGAUGGAAAUGGGUCAUUGAAUACUGUUUAUUACGAAGAUGUGGGAAACAGUGAAAAUAGAGUCGACUAUUCAACCGUAAAUGAUAAUCUGGGCAAUCCAUUCUCCGUCUCUUAUUUAACCCCUCAAACAUUAGUUCAACCACCUUCCUCGUCUUCAGUUUUUCAGACCAACUAUAACUUGAACAACUACCGUGAACCCUCUAGUCGUUAUUCACUUCCCCAAACAUCAAGUCAAACACAAUCUACGUCUACCAAUUAUGGCUUGAACAACUACCGUGAACCCUCUAUUCGUUAUCCUCUUUCCCAAAC